AGGGAAAGGGAGGAGGACAAAGAAAUGGCGGAUUUCCUCCAGUCCAAGUUCCCCAGAAACUCCAAGAAGAAAGGUCAGAUUCCAGCCAGACGGCUAACGUCCAGGGCCCAGCAGACCUCGUCCCCCUUCACCAAGACAGGCCUGUCCCUGCUGAAGGAGUGCUGUGGCUUCACCUGCUCCAUCAUGUAGGCCGGGCACUCAGGGGCUCUAAUAUGAAGCCAAAAUAGAGCCCUGUUACAUCACAGUUUCAGCUUUCCAACCCGAGUAACACUUGAAGUACGGACAGACAACGAGCUAGUGGAGAAUUUUCAAGGAUAUUUUGGGGAUGUCGCCAGGAUGAGAUUGAUAGUGUUUUAUCUCCCAGUCUAUGCUACAUCCCGACUGGGCUGUGUUUCUCUCUCUCUCUCUCUCUCUCUCUCUCUCUCUCUCUCUCUCUCUCUCUCUCUCUCUCUCUCUCUCUCUCUCUCUCUCUCUCUCUCUCUCUCUCUCUCUCUCUCUCUCUCUCUCUCUCUCUCUCUCUCUCUCUCUCUCUCUGUGUCUCUCUCUGUCUCUCUGUGUCUCUCUCUGUCUCUCUCUGUCUCUCUCUCUGUCUCUCUCUCUGUCUCUCUCUCUCUCUGUGUCUCUCUCUGUCUCUGUCUCUCUCUCUCUGUCUCUCUCUGUGUCUCGCUCUCUCUGUCUCUCUCUGUCUCUCUCUCUCUCUCUCUCUCUGUGUCUCUCUCUCUGUGUCUCUCUCUCUGUGUCUCUCUCUCUCUGUCUCUUUCUCUGUCUCUCUCUGUGUCUCUCUCUGUGUCUCUCUCUCUCUCUCUCUCUGUGUCUCUCUAUGUCUCUGUCUCUCUCUGUGUCUCUCUCUGUGUCUCUCUUUGUGUCUCUCUCUCUCUCUCUGUCUCUCUGUGUCUCUCUCUCUAUCUCUCUCUGUCUCUCUCUCUGUCUCUCUCUCUGUGUCUCUCUCUCUGUCUCUCUCUGUGUCUCUCUCUCUCUCUCUGUGUCUCUCUCUGUGUCUCUCUCUGUGUCUCUCUCUGUGUCUCUCUCUCUCUCUCUCUGUCUCUCUCUCUGUGUCUCUCUCUGUGUCUCUCUCUCUCUGUCUCUCUCUGUUUCUCUCUCUCUCCCGCCUUUCCUCUCCCCCUUCCCCCUCCCUCUAUCUCUCUCUGUCUUCUCUCCAUCAUUAGGGCUCCAGUCCUAUCUGCACUUUUUGUUGGGUUCUAUACCCAGUGUCCCCUCUCCGCAUAAGUCUCAUCCCCCAUGAGGUUGUGCAAUGAUCUUCCAUCGUCUGUAUCAGACUAUUCUCAUUCAUCAUUGUCAGAGUCCCUCCCACUGCCUCUCCCUGCCUCUCAAUGGUGUCACCAAUGCUCUCAGAGCAGUUCAUCCUGGUCAAUCUCACUGGCUUUGGUACCUCUGUAGAACCUUCCCCUUCACAAAGAUUGGAUGUAAACGUAAUUUGCAUAAGUCAGAUAUUGUUAUCAAAUGAUGUACAAAGCUCUACUUGUCUACCAGUUACAGAUGUUAAAUAUUGCUACCCCGGUGAAGAUUAUUAUGUAUGAUGCAUGAGACUAAACCCAACAGUGAAGAUGUACUGUACAGUAUUUUCUAAUUGGAACAUCAUACAUACAUCUCUUUAAAUCCUGUUUAAUCUCCCUAACUCUUUUUACCUUUCAAAUUGCUGUAGUUGCCUUUGAACAGACUUCCCACUGGCUCACUAAUUCAUAGUCAGCAUUAAUUGAUGGCAGCCUAAUCAUGCUGCCAGGUCAACGUUAGCCAGACAUGCAACCGAUGGGCUAAUUAAUAUUUUGUGAUAAGAUUAUGGUUUCAUGAUAACAUGACACUAACGUCAGAAUUUAAGCAACUCACUAAGUCAUUAGUCACUGAUUUGGCAACUAUGUCCAAUUAGGAGGCCUUUAUGGGUGACUGAACAUACCGAUCAACGGAGCUUAACAAAUGAGUCAUCACUCGCUUCCUUUCUUGUUGUUGUUGUUAUUCAAUACACUCAAAUGAUAUAUUUUAUGGAACUGCAAAAUGACUCAUCCUUCCACAUUGCUGACUUUACACACACUAAAGGUUAGUGUACAGUAUACCGAUCAGCAGAAAAGGUUUCCACCUUAACAACGGUCAUUUUAAGUGGAACUGCAGCUCACUGCAGCUAACAUUGUUACACUUUAUUAUUUAGUAUUACUGACAACAUGUUAUUACUGACAGCAUAUUAUUACUGACAACAUGUUAUUACUGACAGCGUGUUAUUACUGACAGCAUGUUAUUACUGACAGCAUAGUAUUACUGACAACAUGUUAUUACUGACAGCAUGUUAUUACUGACAGCAUAGUAUUACUGACAACAUGUUGUUACUGACAACAUGUUGUUAUUGAUAGCAUGUUAUUACUGACAGCAUGUUAUUACUGACAGCAUUUUAUUAUUGACAGCAUAGUAUUACUGACAACAUGUUGUUACUGACAACAUGUUGUUAUUGAUAGCAUGUUAUUACUGACAGCAUAUUAUUACUGACAGCAUUUUAUUAUUGACAGCAGGUUAUUACUGACAGCAUGUUAUUACUGACCGCAUAGUAUUACUGACAACAUGUUAUUACUGACCGCAUAGUAUUACUGACAACAUGUUAUUACUGACAGCAUGUUAUUACUGACCGCAUAGUAUUACUGACAACAUGUUAUUACUGACAGCAUGUUAUUACUGACAGCAUAGUAUUACUGACAACAUGUUGUUACUGACAACAUGUUGUUAUUGAUAGCAUGUUAUUACUGACAGCAUAUUAUUACUGACAGCAUUUUAUUAUUGACAGCAGGUUAUUACUGACAGCAUGUUAUUACUGACCGCAUAUUAUUACCGACAGCAUUUUAUUACUGACAGCAUGUUAUUACUGACAGCGUGUUAUUACUGACAGCAUAGUAUUACUGACAACAUGUUGUUAUUGAUAGCAUGUUAUUACUGGCAGCAUGUUAUUACUGACAGCAUAGUAUUACUGACAACAUGUUGUUAUUGAUAGCAUGUUAUUACUGGCAGCAUGUUAUUACUGACAGCAUAUUAUUACUGACAGCAUUUUAUUAUUGACAGCAGGUUAUUACUGACAGCAUGUUAUUACUGACCGCAUAGUAUUACUGACAACAUGUUAUUACUGACCGCAUAGUAUUACUGACAACAUGUUAUUACUGACAGCAUGUUAUUACUGACCGCAUAGUAUUACUGACAACAUGUUGUUACUGACAACAUGUUGUUAUUGAUAGCAUGUUAUUACUGACAGCAUAUUAUUACUGACAGCAUUUUAUUAUUGACAGCAGGUUAUUACUGACAGCAUGUUAUUACUGACCGCAUAUUAUUACCGACAGCAUUUUAUUACUGACAGCAUGUUAUUACUGACAGCGUGUUAUUACUGACAGCAUAGUAUUACUGACAACAUGUUAUUACUGACAGCAUGUUAUUACUGACAGCAUAGUAUUACUGACAACAUGUUGUUACUGACAACAUGUUGUUAUUGAUAGCAUGUUAUUACUGGCAGCAUGUUAUUACUGACAGCAUAUUAUUACUGACAGCAUUUUAUUAUUGACAGCAGGUUAUUACUGACAGCAUGUUAUUACUGACCGCAUAGUAUUACUGACAACAUGUUAUUACUGACAGCAUAGUAUUGCUGACAACAUGUUAUUACUGACAGCAUGUUAUUACUGACAGCAUAGUAUUACUGACAACAUGUUGUUACUGACAACAUGUUGUUAUUGAUAGCAUGUUAUUACUGACAGCAUAUUAUUACUGACAGCAUUUUAUUAUUGACAGCAGGUUAUUACUGACAGCAUGUUAUUACUGACCGCAUAUUAUUACCGACAGCAUUUUAUUAUUGACAGCAGGUUAUUACUGACAGCAUGUUAUUACUGACCGCAUAUUAUUACCGACAGCAUUUUAUUAUUGACAGCAGGUUAUUACUGACAGCAUGUUAUUACUGACCGCAUAGUAUUACUGACAACAUGUUAUUACUGACAGCAUAGUAUUACUGACAACAUGUUAUUACUGACAGCAUGUUAUUACUGACAACAUGUUAUUACUGACAGCAUAGUAUUACUGACAACAUGUUAUUACUGACAGCAUGUUAUUACUGACAGCAUAGUAUUACUGACAACAUGUUGUUACUGACAACAUGUUGUUAUUGAUAGCAUGUUAUUACUGACAGCAUAUUAUUACUGACAGCAUUUUAUUAUUGACAGCAGGUUAUUACUGACAGCAUGUUAUUACUGACCGCAUAUUAUUACCGACAGCAUUUUAUUACUGACAGCAUGUUAUUACUGACAGCGUGUUAUUACUGACAGCAUGUUAUUACUGACAGCAUAGUAUUACUGACAACAUGUUGUUACUGACAACAUGUUGUUAUUGAUAGCAUGUUAUUACUGGCAGCAUGUUAUUACUGACAGCAUAUUAUUACUGACAGCAUUUUAUUAUUGACAGCAGGUUAUUACUGACAGCAUGUUAUUACUGACCGCAUAGUAUUACUGACAACAUGUUAUUACUGACCGCAUAGUAUUACUGACAACAUGUUAUUACUGACAGCAUGUUAUUACUGACAGCAUAGUAUUACUGACAACAUGUUGUUACUGACAACAUGUUGUUAUUGAUAGCAUGUUAUUACUGACAGCAUAUUAUUACUGACAGCAUUUUAUUAUUGACAGCAGGUUAUUACUGACAGCAUGUUAUUACUGACCGCAUAUUAUUACCGACAGCAUUUUAUUACUGACAGCAUGUUAUUACUGACAGCGUGUUAUUACUGACAGCAUAGUAUUACUGACAACAUGUUAUUACUGACAGCAUGUUAUUACUGACAGCAUGUUAUUACCGACAACAUGUUAUUACCGACAGCAUGUUAUUACAGACAGUAUGUUAAACUGUAUAGGCCUACUAUAAACUGGCCAAAUCCAGCAUCAGUAAUUGUCAGUAAUUACUAGGCAGUCCGUGUCAACACAGAACCACAGUUCAGUGUCAAGUCUCUCCAUGGAGAUGAUAACUUUUCAGCCCUAGGCUCUACUUGUGUCUUUCCUGUAUAACACAGUGGGUACAUAAUAGGGCACUUAGUAGGGCACUCCAGUGUGUGAUGGUGAUGGCAAGGGUCCAGGACGAGUUAGCCAAGCACCCAGAAUUGGAGUCGUGAGUGUACACUCCACACACAGGGAUCAAGGACUCUUCAUUGCAGAGAGCCAUUGCCAUAGCAACCACAGCGUAGGCAGUCCGAAAGUACUGUAUACAAUGAGAAAAAAGCGAUGCAUUACACACACACAUGCUGGUUUCUAUUGGGUGUGUUUUUUAUUUAUUCUCUAAAAUCAGGGUUCCUCUGAAGUCUCCUCUGAAAACAGAAUUACUCUGAAGUCUCCUCUGAAAUCAGGGUUACUCUGAAGUCUCUUCUGAAAACAGGGUUCCUCUGAAGUCUCCUCUGAAAACAGAGUUACUCUGAAGUCUCCUCUGAAAACAGAGUUACUCUGAAGUCUCCUCUGAAAUCAGGGUUACUCUGAAGUCUCCUCUGAAAACAGGGUUCCUCUGAAGUCUCCUCUGAAAACAGAGUUACUCUGAAGUCUCCUCUGAAAUCAGGGUUACUCUGAAGUCUCCUCUGAAAACAGGGUUCCUCUGAAGUCUCCUCUGAAAACAGAGUUACUCUGAAGUCUCCUCUGAAAUCAGGGUUACUCUGAAGUCUCCUCUGAAAACAGGGUUCCUCUGAAGUCUCCUCUGAAAACAGAGUUACUCUGAAGUCUCCUCUGAAAUCAGGGUUACUCUGAAGUCUCCUCUGAAAUCAGGGUUACUCUGAAGUCUCCUCUAAAAACAGGGUUCCUCUGAAAUCAGGGUUACUCUGAAGUCUCCUCUGAAAACAGAGUUACUCUGAAGUCUCCUCUGAAAUCAGGGUUACUCUGAAGUCUCCUCUGAAAACAGGGUUCCUCUGAAGUGUAACCUUUUCUUUCCCAGGCAGCCCCUAUGACAUGCUAUUGAGCGUUGAUACCGUCACCACACUUCAAUUAUAAAACACAAUUUCAUAAUGCACCAUUGUCCAUGUUCAACAGGGUGGGCAUUUUGUGUUAGCGAGGGGAGGGAAGGAGAGGGGUAGUCUGGCUGACACGACCCACAUGACUACACAGCGAAGAGCUGUGACCCACUUGGAGGACAUCGAUAGCUGGUGUCAGGAGGACUUUGAUAGCUGGUGUCAGGAGGACUUUGAUAGCUGGUGUCAGGAGGACUUUGAUAGCUGGUGUCAGGAGGACUUUGAUAGCUGGUGUCAGGAGGACUUCGAUAGCUGGUGUCAGGAGGACUUUGAUAGCUGGUGUCAGGAGGACUUCGAUAGCUGGUGUCAGGGGGACUUCGAUAGCUGGUGUCAGGGGGCCUUCGAUAGCUGGUGUCAGGAUGACUUCGAUAGCUGGUGUCAGGAGGACUUUGAUAGCUGGUGUCAGGAGGACUUUGAUAGCUGGUGUCAGGAGGACUUCGAUAGCUGGUGUCAGGAGGACUUUGAUAGCUGGUGUCAGGAGGACUUUGAAAGCUGGUGUCAAGAGGACUUCGAUAGCUGGUGUCCGUGGGACUUCGAUGGCUGUGUCAGGAGGACUUCGAAAGCUGGUGUCCGGGGGACUUCGAUAGCUGGUGUCAGGAGGACUUCGAUAGCUGGUGUUAGGAGGACUUUGAUAGCUGGUGUCAGGAGGACUUCGAUAGCUGGUGUCAGGAUGACUUCGAUAGCUGUGUCCGGGGGACUUCGAUGGCUGUGUCAGGAGGACUUCGAAAGCUGGUGUCAGGGGGACUUCGAUAGCUGGUGUCAGGAGGACUUCGAUAGCUGGUGUCAGGGGGAAUUCGAUAGCUGGUGUCAGGAGGACUUCGAUAGCUGGUGUCAGGGGGAAUUCGAUAGCUGUUGUCAGGGGGACUUCGAUAGCUGGUGUCGGAAAGACUUCCAAAGCUGGUGUCGGGGGGACUUCGAUAGCUGGUGUCAGGAGGACUUCCAUAGCUGGUGUCAGGAGGACUUCCAUAGCUGGUGUCGGGGGGACUUCGAUAGCUGGUGUCAGGAGGACUUCGAUAGCUGGUGUCAGGAGGACUUCCAUAGCUGGUGUCGGGGGGACUUCGAUAGCUGGUGUCAGGAGGACUUCGAUAGCUGGUGUCAGGAGGACUUCGAUAGCUGGUGUCAGGAGGACUUCGAUAGCUGGUGUCAGGAGGACUUCGAUAGCUGGUGUCAGGAGGACUUCGAUAGCUGGUGUCAGGAGGACUUCGAUAGCUGGUGUCAGGAGGACUUCGAUAGCUGGUGUCAGGGGGACUUCGAUAGCUGGUGUCAGGGGGACUUCGAUAGCUGGUGUCGGAAAGACUUCCAAAGCUGGUGUCGGGGGGACUUCGAUAGCUGGUGUCAGGAGGACUUCGAUAGCUGGUGUCAGGAGGACUUCGAUAGCUGGUGUCAGGAGGACUUCGAUAGCUGGUGUCAGGAGGACUUCGAUAGCUGGUGUCAGGAGGACUUCGAUAGCUGGUGUCGGGGAGACUUCGAAAGCUGGUGUCAGGGGGACUUCGAUAGCUGGUGUCGGGGGGACUUCGAAAGCUGAUGUCAGGGGGACUUUGAUAGCUGGUGUCAGGAGGACUUAGAAAGCUGGUGUCAGGAGGACUUUGAUAGCUGGUGUCAGGAGGACUUCGAAAGCUG